AGAUAUACACGUUAUGGACGUCAAGAAACGUCAGUCCUUGUUUAUGUUCAGCAAUACACAAUAGUAUACGGUAAUUGAGGUAUUUUCAUAUCUCAAAUUGCAGUAAUGCAGCACACGUGCGUGAUAACGGUCUGUUAGUCAACUCGGCUGUGCAUCUAUGAACGGUUCCAGCUGCGAAAGAGGUCGACGUUACGGCGACGACAUCAAAAACAUAUCAGAAAAAUGACAGAAGAUGAGAGACAAAUUAGAAUAGCAGCGGAGACUAUAUUAAGCGGCUCAAUCAACUCCCAGAGGAGUUCGAUUACACAGCAUAGCAUGACACGUACUCCGGAAUUUGUCAUCACCGAAGAUCUAAUUGCAGGAGCUAGACAGAACGGCAGGAUGUCGAACGUUAGGCGUUUCUUCUGCCUCUUCGUUACUUUUGAUCUUCUACUUACAUUCCUCAUGUGGCUCAUUUGUACAAUGAUCGCAGGUGAAAGUUUAAACACAGCUUUUGAGGAUCAGGUGAUACACUAUCACAUAAAGACGUCGUUGUUUGACAUCGUGAUGGCAGCGAUUUGCAGGUUUACGGUCUUGUUGCUCUUCUACGCGCUGUUGUAUAUCAAUCACUGGAUUAUUGUAGCAAUAUCAACUGCUACAACAUGUGCCUUUUUAAUUGCCAAAGUUUUUCUCUUCGAUUGGACAUCAGCUAAUCAACCAGUAUUUCAAGUUCUUCUGAUCUUGAUUUCUUUUGUGCUAGCGUGGGCAGAAGCUUGGUUCUUCGAUUUUCGCGUGAUGCCUCAAGAAACUCAAGCAAGAAAUUGGAUUCAAAGUUUUUCGGACGCGGAAAGAGCUCCGCUAUUGCAAAAUGUUAUUACGGAAUCGCGGCAGCAUACGGCCAAUAUAGAUCACAUGAAUACAUUUUUCACGCCUGUAGAUUCUCCAGAUCAUUCUGAUGACGAAGACUCGAGAAGACAAGGAAGUUCGAGGAGACUUUCGAAAUCUAGCGAAUUAUUUAUGUCUGUAGGAAAACUUACGUCAGAUAAGAUCAAUGAGUAUAAGACAAUGGCGUCAAAAUCGUUGGAGAAUUGUUAUAGUUUGUUAAUGUCACAGGAAUGGAAGAUUGAAACUGUAACGCCGGAUGGCGAUGAGAUAUCUUACAUGCAGUUGCCGUCAGAAUGGAAACAAGAAGGAAAGGUUAUAAAAAUUACGGGCUACAUCAACGCACAUGCGGACAUGCUGAUCGACUGGUUAUUCGAUACUAUCGAAGAAUUUCCUUCGUGGAACAAACUCGUGACGGAAUCGAUAAAACUACAAAAUAUCGACGAGAACACGGACAUCGUUUAUCAAACAACAAGUCCAUAUGGUCCUCGUGGAAUUAUUACGGCACGAGAUUUCGUUACCUUGAGACAUCGGAAGAAAUGCGGAAAUUAUUAUAUCACAAACGGUGCAUCGAUUUCCACGACAUUAGUUCAAGAUCGUCCGAAUAUAACCAGAGGUGAAAACGGUGUGAGUUGUUUUAUAGCGGAAGAGUUGUCCAAUGAAGCUAGCAAAUGUCGCUUCACAUGGAUUUUAAAUACAAAGUUAAAAGGUUGGAUACCACAAAAAGUUGUAGAUAGAUCAAUAUCGACGUGUUUGAUAGAUUUUAUGACAUAUUUAAGAAAACAUCUAAAUGAUAUGCAAAAACCGAUAAUUUAGCAUUAAAACAACGUUUGCCCAUAAAAUCAAGCCAGUUCACCUAUUUUCAGCCAUUUUUAUCAGACUAUUUAUGUAAGAAAGAAUAACUCUCGUCAUUGGAUAUCUAAUAAUGAGAAUUUCAAUGUCUCAUUCUUCACACAAGCGUAACUGUGUUUCUUAUUUAAAAGAAAAUUAAAAUACAUACGAAUGUGCCGGAAAAGAUGUUUUAAGAUUGGCAAUUUUAAACAGUUCAACUUUUCUGUGUACUCUCAUUCAAAAAACCUUUGUAGUUAUUUUGAUAUAAGUUGUGCGAGACAGAAAGAUUCAUAUAGUCUCUCGUUUCUUAAUAUUAUAAUUCGAUCCUGGAAUGUGAGUACUCAGAAGUCUUAAAUAACACAAGAACCGACUAAUACAAACGGCAUAACAAAAACAUCGUGCAAGAGAUAUGACAAGUAUAUAUAUAUAUAGAUAGAAAAUUCACUUUGUUAAAAGUGAGAAGUUAAGAAAUUAGAUAAAUGAAACUGUUAUAUACAAUUUACAUGAACUCUCAAACAUAUUUUUUUUUACUAUAUUCAUAAAUAAUCUCAUUCUCGUCAAUUUAGCUUUAGUAAACCUUCAGUCUACAACUGCAAUAAGGUCAACAUACACAUUCACACACAUUGCACGUCCUUGUGUUAAAAAAAAUACAUUUAUUUUCAAUAGAUUAAUCGAGAGAGAGAGAGAGAGAGAGAGAGAGAGAGAGAGAG